UCAGCUAUAUGAUUGUUUUCCAGUACUAACAAUGGAGGAAGGCGAAGAGAAAACUGCAGUGUCGCCUGUCAAGGAAGAAAACGAUGCUACUUCAGACGCAACUCCGGAGCCUGUACCUGGACCUAUGGUAUCCCCGGUUACAGAGGAGCCGGUCUGUGAGACCAAGCGGAAAAUUGACGUGCUGCUGAAGGCUGUGGGAGAUACUCCAAUCUUGAAGAAUAAAAAGUGGACUAUGGAAAGAACGCGUACUGUCAAGGGGCUAAUGGACUUUAUCAAAAAGUAUCUUAAGAUGGAAUUAGCAGAGCAGUUGUUUAUCUAUGUUAAUCAGUCGUUUGCUCCAUCACCUGACCAGGAAGUUGGGACAUUGUAUGAGUGCUUUGGGAGUGAUGGAAAACUUGUGUUACAUUACUGCAAAACGCAGGCUUGGGGAUGAAUUUUCAACUAUUUGAGAUGGAACUUUAUAUUGGGAGGGGAAACAUUGUAAAUGUCUGCCGUUUAUUGCGAUGUGGUGUCCUCUGUCCUGCGUUACAACCAAUAGGACGAAAAAAGGAAAGGGACUAAUGCAUUGCAAGAUAAUCCUAUUUAAGUAUCUGACUUAGAGAUACUUUGAUAAAUGGUAACUCUGUUCACCAUCUCAGACUAAAAUCAUGACUGGCUUGCUACAAAAAAAAACAAUUACAAUGAGGACUGCAUAUCAAAACCAUUUUCCAUGUGGAGACGGGUUUUUGCUUCUGCCUGUUUGCUGCAAAUUCAAGCUGCACUGAUCACUCUGUCUUUAAUGAUUUCCAAGUGUAAAUAUGUAAGAAUAAAUCCUAUAUAUGUAUACAA